AUGAAAUUACAUCCGGGGUCUCACAAUCACGAUCUGUCUCAAUAUCUUUACGAACUCAUUAAAAAUAAUCGACCAUCAAAAUCUUUUUCUUAUAUCCACGACUCAUUCGAAUUUGUUAAGAAGAUUACAGGAAUCCAAAAUAGCUCCGAUCAAAUUAGGGUUAAUUUUGAUGUCGAUAAUUUAUACACAAAUGUUCCUGUUCAUGAAGCUAUAGAGAUUACUCUUGAUAUGUUAUUUAAAAGGCCUACUCCACCUCCGAGACCUUUUACUCGUCCACAAUUAAAACGAUUAUUAGAAAUUGCUGUAUGUGAUAUUCCAUUCAGAUUUCUUGAUAAAAUAUAUAUACAAAUCGACGGAGUAGCAAUGGGAUCACCUUUAGGACCAAUAUUAGCUGAUUUAUUUAUGUCAAAUAUUGAGCAAAAAUUAAAUAAAUUCUCAGCAAAUAAACCAUUAGUAUGGAUUAGAUGUGUAGAUGAUAUAUUUUGCAUUUUUAAAAAACAACAAAAUAUUAAUGAUUUCUUAAUGAGAAUUAAUAAGUGGCACCCGAAUGUAGAAUUUACAAUUGAACGAGAAUGUAACGAAAAAUUGGCCUUCCUAGACGUACUGAUAAGUCGAGAUAAUAUAAAUAAUAAAUAUAAUACUACGAUAUAUAGAAAACCUACCAAUACUAAUCUUUACUUACUAUAUGAAAGUAAUCAAUGCAGAGAAUAUAAAAUAGGCUUAAUUCGAACGUUGAUUAUUCGUAUACUUCUAAUUUGCUCAACAGAGGAAUUAAAGAAUGACGAACUUAAAUUAAUGAAGGAAACGCUGAUGAUGAAUGGUUAUCCACAACAUUUAAUUAAAAGAGGCGUACGUGAAGGAGAAAUUAUCACUAGAAGAAUGAUAUCUAAACGACAACAAGUACAGGAAUCAAUGAAAAAGAAGGAAGUUUACUUUCUUCUCUGUUAUUAUGGUCAAGAAUCAACCAUAUUAGCUCAAAGAAUUAAACGGAUAUGUAAAAAACUUAUACCUUCUUUACAAAUUAAUAUAUGCUUUAGAAAAACGUUCACAAUCAAAAGUGUGUUUCUUCCCAUCCAAAAAGGGCUAGAUGAAUCAAAAAAGAAUAAGAAAUUAGUAU